UUGCGUAUUAUAGAUCGUGAUGCUGAUAUCUCCGACAGAACUUGAAGGCAGCAUUAACUGGUAUAAAGUCCACCACCGCAUCAGCUGAGUCCAGUGGAGACAUGAUGCAACUGUACUGUUGGGGAGACAGCUCCAGUGGACAGUUUGAGCCACAGAAUGCCCUAAGCCCGGCGUCGUGGACUGUCCCCGGGACUAUAACCUCCAUCUGCUGCGGGGACCAGCACACUUUAUUCCUCACCAGGGAUGGAGGCGUCCUAUCAUGUGGACACAACGCACAAGGACAACUUGGACAAAGGAAACGUAAAGAUGGGAAGACACCAGGUCGCGUGGAGGGGUUGGGCAACGUGGUGUCCAUAGCUUGUGGUCAGGACCACUGUCUGGCAGUGUGUGCAUCUGGACAGGUGUUCUCCUGGGGGGCAGGAGAGGACGGACAGAGAGGCAUUUUACCAACUGUACUGUGCAACCGACCAAGUCAGGUGCAGAUGCCGCUGCCGAUACCAGUGAUUCAAGUUGCUUGUGGGAACUCCCACUCCCUGGCACUGACUAAAGGAGGCGAUGUCUUCUCGUGGGGUUCGAACAGUCAUGGUCAAUUGGGUCUAGGAAAGGAGGUGUCACGGCAGUGCAUUCCUGACCUGGUGUGCGCUCUGACAGGUGUCUCAGUGACCCAGAUUUCAGCUGGAGCGAACCACACUCUGUUCCUCACACUCCCCGGCCUGGUGUACUGCUGUGGGGCCAAUAAAUCUGGCCAGCUGGGGCUCAACAGGGUGGAUGAAAAGGGCAGGUUCAACAUCUGUAUGGUACCUGCCCUCAGACCUCUGGGUGUCUCCUUCAUUAGCUGUGGAGAGGCUCACUCUGCUGUGUUAACACAGGAAGGCAAGGUUUUCACUUUUGGAGAGGGAAGCCACGGUCAGCUCGGUCACAACUCCUCUGCCAAUGAAGUGAGACCCAGAUUGGUUGACGGUCUGGAUGGACCUGCCAGUCAGAUUUCAUGUGGCAGACGUCACACUCUGGUGUUGGGCUCCUCUGGUCAGCUUUGGGCUUUUGGCAAUGGGGCCAAAGGUCAAACUGGGACUGGACAACUAGAGAACAGUCUGACUCCGACUCUGGUACAACUUCCAUGGACCACUGACAGCACAGCAGCCGUACCCAGUGACUUGAAAAUAUCAGCUGGGUGGAAUACAAACUUCAUUUACACUUCAUCUGCACAGAGCUUGGAUCGAGGACAGAUAACUGGACGGCUUGAUGAGACAAAACUGCAAGAAUGGCUGUCAUUGAGAAAUGGCAACGCAGCGGCAAAGAGAGACAUUUCUUCAAUGUUUCUGACAAGUUCAAGUCUUGUUGCAAGUUUCACGAAGGCUGACGGGGCUCCAUUAGAAGCAGGUGCCUUAACUGUGGACCUUGAAGCAGCUAGCAAAGCUUUCGACCAGAUGCUGGAAAUACCAUGGAUCAAACAAUCAGUAAAGAACGUGGAUCUUACCAACCUGAUUAACUUGCUUUGCGCUUCAAGAACUGCCCUAAAAUCACCAGAGAUCAUCCUGAUUCUGCUGACAUGUCCCCUUCUCCAAGAGGACACUCAUGUCAUGAACCAUGUGUUGCCCCUGGCUAUCAUUAUGGCAGAUCUGCAUGAGAAGACCCUGAAAAUACUAAGAAGCUUGUGGUCUUCCCUGACAGCCUCUGUACUAACGAAGCACAUCUUGGUGUUCAGAAAGGCCCUGUCCUUCCUGCUAAGAAAUGGCCUCUUGAUAACUCACAAUCCAGGAGUCAAAUACCUGCUGGAAGCCCUCAAGCUGCUCUACAAAGCAAACAAAGCUGGAAAGUCCUACAAAGUUCCACUGAGCACUUUUUACGUAGAGGAAAUCCGUGGUAAUGUGCCAGUCACGGACGUCCCACUUUGGUUGCGAUUUUCUAAAGUGGAGGAUGACGAAAACACACCCGCCAUUUUUUGCCGCUAUCCAUUCCUGUUUACUCUGGAUUGCAAGGUGUCGGUCUUUAACAUCUUUGCAUCUAUAGCAAAGGAUGCACAAUCUGUCAUGCAUGAACUGGCUUUGGCAUGUUGUGAAAAAAUGGGGACGUCCCCAGACUCUGCCCCACCCCCGGUCUUCCAGCUAACUCUGAGACGAACUCACCUGCUUGAAGACACCUUUAGACAACUCGGUGCAGCUGACCACUGCGCCUUCAGAAGGGAACUUUUGGUGCAAUUUGUGGACAACAGGAAAGUGACAAAUGUCAACAAAAAGGACUUCUUCCUGCACAUGUUUGAUGAGCUGAUAGCUCCCGAGUCUGAGAUGUUCAUGUACAACGAGAGCAAGACUCUGGCCUGGUUUCCUCCCAAGCCAAAAGUUGAGAAGAAGACCUACUUCCUGUUUGGCGUUCUGUGUGGCCUGGCCCUCUACAACCACAACAUUGUCCACAUGCCUUUUCCACUGGUUCUCUUCAAGAAGCUGCUUAAAGUCAAACCCACACUGGAUGACAUGAAGGAGUUUGACCCUGUCGUGGCAGAGAGUUGGCGGUGCAUGUUAGAGGACUACACUCCUGAAGUGGUAAACGGCCUGGAGAUUCCUUUCACUGUGGUCUGGGGUGAUGAGGAAGUUGAGCUCGAUCCAGCAGAAACAGGAAAACUUGUCACAGCGUCAAACAAAAAAGAAUUCGUAGACGCCUCCAUCGACUACGCCUUCAACACAUCAGUGGAGAGAGAGUUCAAAGCGUUCAAGGAAGGUUUCUUCAAGGUGUGUCACAUCGACGUGGUGGAGUUCUUCCAGCCUGAGGAGUUGCAAGCGGUGAUGGUGGGCCAAGAAAACUACGACUGGGAGGUGUUCAGGAAGAACACCGUUUAUGAAGGAGUCUACCAUGAGGGGCAUCCAAACAUCGUGACUUUCUGGGAGGUGUUUGAGAACCUGACAGCAGAAGAGAAGAAAAAGUUCCUCGUGUUCCUCACAGGCUGUGGCCGUGUGCCCUUCCUGGGUAUGGAAAGCAUCAAGAUGAGAGUCGCUGUCUUGCCUGAUACCUCUGAGCUCCAUUUGCCAGAAUCCCUCACCUGCCAUUGUCUGUUAUUGCUGCCCAUCUACCAGAGAUACCCGGUGGAGAGGACGAUGCACAGCAGGCUCCUGCAGGCGAUUAAUCACAACAGAGGCUUCUGGAAGCAAGUAGACACAGAAUGAAGCGACAAAGUCUCCUUUAUAAACAUCUUAUUUUCUGGUAGUUUAAGGCUUUUUGUCUCCACAAUCUGCUAAAUCUUGUUUUUUUUUUCUCUUACACAUGCCAUUAAGUUCUAACUUGUUAUCUAUAGUAAUAUUAUUAAGCUAUGAAGGGUUUUCACAGGAGAUCAGCAGCCCAUGUUCUGUCAUGUAGCACUUUGAGAGACAGUAAUGCAGAUGCAGUUAUUGGCCAAAGCCGCCUGCACGUUAAAUGUUGAAGGGCUGUUUGAUCAUUUUAUUUUGAUGAAGCAGUACAGCCGUUAGUUAUUUAACCAUAAGAGUAAGAACUGGUGUUUCCUCCUAUCCAUUCAGCAAGUUAAAGAAUAAAAAUAUGCACAUUUGGAAAG